AGCAGAGUAAAGGGAAAUAAAAUAUUUGGGGCGGUUCACACGACAUCAGCAGCAGCAGCAGCUCCCGGGCUGUGUCCAGCAGCUCCAACCCCGCCAGCUGUUGCAGCGCGAGAGGGCACGUGCGAGCGGUGCUGCCCGGGUGCUGCCCUGGGGAAGACACAUAGGAAGGGGGCAGGCUUGUUGCCCAUUUUCUCCUUCCUUUUCAUUGCCCCGUGGCUGCGGCCGGCGACCCUCCGGUGCCAAGGGAGGGGCGGCCAAGCGCAGCAGAGACGCGGGGCAGCAUCUGAUCCGCUCCAGGGAAGCCGAGAAGCGGCACGCCCCGACCCCGGAGCAGCAGACGAAGCUUCCCCGCAGCGCGUUGCGCGAUCGCAGGGGAACCCGCCCCAAGGCUGGGGAGGCAGCUCCCCGGCCAGAGGUGGGAAGCGCUCGAGCAGCCGGCGAGGGGAGGGGAGGGAGCGCGCUGUCCCCCAGCCCCUCACUUCAGGGGGUGGGGAAAGAAGCCCUGGGCAAAGGGACCUCCCCGCAGGAGAGACUGAAAAGCAGCCAGAGCCCAAGGAAAGUCCCCCUCCUCCCCCGCCAGCAGCGACUUUGCGACUGUCCCGGCCUCGGAUCAGGAUGCGGUUCCUGCUGCUGCUGCUCCCCGAGCUGCUCCUCCUGGUGCCGGCUCAGAAGUUCUCCGCGCUCACGUUUUUGAGAGUGGACCAAGACAAAGACCGAGAAUGCAGUCUGGACUGUGCAGGAUCCCCUCAGAAAUCACUUUGUGCUUCUGAUGGAAGGACUUUCCUGUCCCGUUGUGAAUUUCAACGAGCAAAAUGCAAAGAUCCUCAGUUGGAAAUUGCAUAUAGGGGCAACUGCAAAGAUGUUUCCAGGUGUGUGGCAGAGAGGAAAUACACCCAGGAACAAGCACGCAAGGAGCUUCAACAAGUUUUCAUUCCCGAGUGCAAUGAUGAUGGCACAUACAGCCAGGUUCAGUGUCAUAGUUACACAGGAUACUGUUGGUGUGUCACUCCCAAUGGACGUCCAAUCAGCGGUACAGCUGUAGCACAUAAAACUCCACGGUGUCCAGGGUCUAUAACUGAGAAGUUGCCACAACGAGAAGGUGCAGGAAAUACAGAUGAUGCCUCAGCUCCCGCGCUGGAGACUCAGCCUCAAGGUGAUGAGGAAGAUAUAGCUUCUCGUUACCCUACAUUAUGGACUGAGCAAGUAAAGAGUAGGCAAAACAAAACCAAUAAAAAUUCAGGUAAGAAUAUGCGGUCUCCUUGCUUUGCAAAGUUGUGUGGAAGCACUUUAUUAAGUCAUAUUCAAAUUGCAAUUGUGGAAGUGAAAAUCAUUUUAAUACACCAGAGCUUAUACUUCCAUCUUCCCACCACAACACUCAAGAUACAAUUUCCUGGGUUGCUGACACAGCAGGAAGGUUGUCCAGGGGCCAAGAAGAAUGAGUUCCUGACCAGUGUUCUGGAUGCACUCUCCACCGAUAUGGUCCACGCAGUCUCCGAUCCAUCAUUGUCUUCCAGCAGGCUUUCAGAACCUGAUCCAAAUCAUACUCUGGAAGAGAGAGUGGUCCACUGGUAUUUCAAACAACUUGAUAAAAAUUCCAGUGGCGAUAUUGGCAAAAAGGAAAUCAAGCCAUUCAAGAGAUUCCUGCGAAAAAAGUCAAAGCCCAAAAAAUGUGUGAAGAAGUUUGUAGAAUACUGUGAUGUGAACAAUGACAAAUCCUUAUCAGUUCAAGAAUUAAUGGGUUGUCUGGGAGUAACAAAAGAAGAAGGUAAAGCAGACACAAAGAAACGCCACAAUAUAAAACCAGAGGAUCACAAUUCCUACCUUGGUUCCCCUUGGCUCCAGCAGGAAGCAAGUUCCAGCAGCCAUUUACAGGCCCCCAAAAAUAAUCCUGAAAGCACUUCCUCCAACAGGCAGCAAAGCUCUAAGAAGCAAGGAUGAACAGCUUACAUAUUCAAGCCAGAUCUCUUUGACAUGUGGGAGAUUUCCUCACCAAAAGGCAAUAAAAAACAACAACCAUAGUAUUUGCACUUUGUACUUUAAAAUGUAAAUUCACUUGUAGAAAUGAGAUAUUUAAACAGACUGUUUUUUUAAUCUGUGAAAAUGUAACAGCUAGUUUGAAAAAUUAUCACAUACAAUGUAUGUGCCUUCUUUUGUCGUAUGAAAUCUGUACGUGUUGGAGAUGUAAAAGUUUGCAUUUAAACAUUUUUUUUUAAGCAGCUUUCUUGCAAACAUUAAUAUAGAAACCUGACUCUAGGUAUCUUGGUUUCAAUAGUAUGCCUUGUUUUUCCUUACCAAUACAGUCAUUUAAACAUAGUUAUGCUGAAAAACUGCUUAAGAUCUACUGUAUUUACAAUUUUGUCCAAGCAGUGUUGGAGAUUUUAUGUUUCCAAGUCCAAGGGAAGUGUGAAAAUUGCUGUUGACUCAUUUUUGCAGCCUCUAAGUGAAUGGAUAUUUCCCCGCUGGUGACAUUUUGUUUUUAAUAUUUUGCUUUCCAAAGAUAAUGCAAUGAGAAUGCAACCACUAAAAGAUUCCAACAGCUAUUCUAUGGUUAGGGCUCUUGUAGAAAAAUGUAUUUUAUCCAUUUGAGGUGCCUUCCAUUAUAAAUUUGACUAAGGUUUUUGUUUGUUUGUUUUUGGGUGCAUGUGAGGGUGUGUGUAUGGGGAGGGAGUAUGCCCUUUUGCCUGAAUUAGUCAUGCAACUAACUGAAAAGCAAUAUCACUCAAGUUAGCCUCUGUCAAGCCCUAGAGCAUGUUCCUGCAGUCAGCAUAAGGCAGCAAAGGGUCACAGUUGUUCAGUAUUGUAAAUCUAAUUAUGAAGAGACAAAGAAGGCUAAACAGACUUGUCUGUCUUUUGUUUUCCCUACACCUGGCUGAGCCCCCAUCCGUUCCUGAGGGUGCCGCAGGGUCCAUGAGACGGUAAAGCUAUCACAGAACAAAUUAUGAAUAGUUGCCGUAAGGAGGUGUAGCCAGAAAAACCCCUGCCUUGGGCAUUCUCCUUGCUCCCUGGGAGAAGUUCCUACAAGUUUUCAUACCUUUUCUGUCAUGUUUUCCCCUCUCUCUCUCUUUUCUUUCUUUCUUUUGGAGUGCCUCAAGGGAACAGGAACUUGCAGAUGUGAACUAGAAUGAAACUUGAAAAAAGGUUCAGACCUUGAAAAUGAAUUAUAAGUAAUUGAAUUGAUCAAUGCAGUGAUAAAUGGACUGCUGGCAUCUAAAAACCAUAAUAUGGAGGGGUGGGCACAUUGCAAUGAGCAGCAGUUUUAUUCCAUGUUGUUAAAAUAAGUUGUGUGGGACCUGCCUUGGGAGCAAUAUGUAGAUUAGCUAGUCAGAAGGAUGACCUGGCUCAAACUCACAUAUGAAAAAUCUUUGUUACGGAAACAAAUGUUUCAUUUAAAUUCCACAUGUGAAUAUAUGCUGAAAUAUUGCUACGAGACUGUGCAUACAUUGGAAUUGUUAAAAAAAGAACGUGCUAAGGUGUUUGGGGGUUUUUUGGGGGAGGGGGCAAAUGUGUGUUUUCUUUGUAAAAGCAUUUUUUAUUCAAAAUUUGAUAUCCUUUUAUAAUGCUAAAUUUUGAAUUUAAUCUUUUUUUAGAUUAAAGCUUAGUAUGCUAUCAAA